UCCCCACGCAUCCCGCAGGGUUCGUGCUUCCAGUCUUCGCGACGAGAAAAAUACGGCAACGUGUUCAAGACGCACCUUUUGGGGCGGCCGCUGGUGAGGGUGACGGGAGCGGAGAACGUGCGGAAGAUUCUGAUGGGGGAACAUCACCUGGUGAGCACCGAAUGGCCUCGCAGCACCCGUAUGCUGUUGGGACCCAACACCGUGGCCAAUUCCAUCGGGGACAUCCAUCGGCACAAGAGGAAGGUUUUCUCCAAAAUCUUCAGCCACGAGGCUCUGGAGAGCUAUCUCCCCAAGAUCCAGCUGGUGAUCAAGGACACCCUGCGGGCUUGGAGCAGCAACCCCGAUCCCAUCAACGUCUACCACGAGGCCCAGAAGCUCACCUUCCGCAUGGCCAUCCGCGUCCUGCUGGGCUUCCGCAUCCCUGACGAGGAGCUCAACCGUCUCUUCGAGGUCUACCAGCAGUUUGUGGAGAAUGUCUUCUCCUUGCCUGUGGAUCUGCCCUUCAGUGGCUACAGGAGGGGCAUCCGGGCACGUGAGACACUGCAGAAGGGGCUGGAGAAAGCCAUCCAGGAGAAACUGCAGAACACACAGGGUAAGGACUACGCCGACGCGCUGGAUAUCCUGAUAGAGAGCGGCAAAGAACACGGCAAGGAGCUCACCAUGCAGGAGCUGAAGGAUGGUACUCUGGAGCUCAUCUUCGCCGCCUACGCCACCACAGCCAGCGCCAGCACCUCUCUCAUCAUGCAGCUGCUCAAACACCCGCGGGUGCUGGAGAAGCUGCGGGAGGAGCUGCGCAGCAAAGGCAUCCUUCACAACGGCUGCAUCUGCGAGGGCUCCCUGCGCCUCGACAACAUCAGUGGCCUUCACUACCUGGACUGUGUCAUCAAGGAGGUGCUUCGACUCUUUACCCCCAUCUCUGGAGGGUACCGGACGGUGCUGCAGACCUUUGAGCUGGAUGGUUUCCAGAUCCCCAAGGGCUGGAGCGUGAUGUACAGCAUCCGGGACACCCAUGACACCGCCCCUGUCUUUAAGGAUGUGGACGUCUUCGACCCCGACCGCUUCGGGCAGGGCCGCAGCGAGGACAAGGAGGGCAGGUUCCACUACCUCCCCUUUGGAGGGGGUGUACGGACCUGUCUGGGCAAACACUUGGCCAAGCUCUUCCUCAAGGCCUUGGCCAUCGAGCUGGCCAGCACCAGCCGCUUCGAGCUGGCCACCAGGACUUUCCCCAAAAUCACCUUGGUGCCCGUGGUCCACCCAGUCGACGGACUCAAGGUUAAAUUCUUCGGACUGGAUUCCAACCAGAACGAGAUCCUGACGGGGACGGACGUCAUGUUGGGGGCCACUGUGUAGAGCCCA